AUGGCCGGACUCAGCCCCCAAAUCCCGCUAAUCAAAGUCGCGCGCAACAGAACCAACCUGGUCAUCAUCCUCGGAAUGAUGCAGGUAUCCAAGCGGAUUCCCUUCGACGACCCCAACGUCCUCAACGGUGUCCGCGCCAUGUACGUGCUGAGCAAUGUCAUCAUUGCCGGCAUCUACGUCUAUGUUCUGAUGCAGAUCAACAAGAAGAAAGAUCUGACGACGCUCAAGUACGUUGAGCCGGCGCCGAUGGGCUCCUCGGAGGAGGGCAAGCUCGUGACGACGACGGUGCACGCCUACGACUCGCAGCAGAUCAAGAACUCGUUCCGAUCGCAACUGAUGGGCCUCGCCAUGAUGGCGGGCAUGCACUUCUACAUGAAGUACACCAACCCCCUGUUGAUCCAGUCCAUCAUCCCCCUCAAGGGCGCCUUCGAGUCCAACCUGGUCAAGAUCCACCUACUCGGCCAGCCAGCCAGCGGCGACCUCAAGCGCCCCUUCAAGCAGCCUGCUGGCAUCAUGAGCGGUCUCCAGGGCGGUGCUGCCCAGAGCGACAAGAAGGCGGUCGAGGCUGCCGAGCGUUCCGGUCGUGGGGGUGUCAAGGACGAAUAG